CGAGAAAAAGAAAUUCCUUCAUUAUCAAAAAUAACAAUAAAAAUUCUUAUUUGAUAAUUUUUUUUUUUUUUAUCAUUUGAUCAUUGUAUAUUCAAUAGCCUUGAUAAGACUCGAAAGAAAAGUAAUUAGUAUCAGCCUCAUAACGUGACGUUAGAAGAGAUAAGCUACAUUCUGUUUGUAUUAAUAAUUGAAUAAAUCAACAACUUGGUCGUUUCUUUUUUUUUUUUUUUUUUUGUGCAACGAGAAUACAAAAAUACGAGAUGUAUAGUAAUAGGAUAUUCUUUCUUUAAAAGAGUCGAAUUAGCAGAAUUUAAUAUAUAUGCGUGAAUCUUUAAUAGAAAUUUUAUGGAAGCAUGAACAUUGAAAACAUAGAAUUCGAGAUGAUGCAAGGAAAUAGUCAUUCAAGAUGCGAAUUUUUGAAGAUAUAUUUUGGAUGGAUGAGACACAUUUCGGUGGAACCAACUAUGUGGCUUUAUAUGAUGGCCUUCAUGGUGACCUCGGUAGUGGAACAAGAUUUUUUCAUUUAUAAAGCUUGCAGAGUCAAUCACGGUCUAUCCGAAGAAACAUGUGUUAAUUUGAAAACAAACAAAACUUUAAACGCCGAAGUUCAGAUAACCGUAUCGGAAUUUCACCAAUGGAAUAAUAUAGCGGGACACGUGGUACCGAUAAUUUUAGCAUUGUUUUUUGGAAAUUGGAGCGAUAGACACGGUAGAAAACUACCAUUGAUUUUAGGAUUGAUUGGCAAAUUUAUAUAUUCUUUUAUGGUGAUCAUUAAUUCCUUAAUGAAUACAUGGAAUUUGAAUAUGGUUAUAUAUACCGCGAGUUUACCUAUGGGAAUGCUUGGAGGUGACGUUGCUAUAUUUGCCAGCUGUUUUUCAUAUAUAUCGGAUGUAACAAAAGUUCAACAGAGAACUUUAAGAAUCACUAUACUCGAUGUUGUUUAUCUUAGUACUAUGCCUACCGGUGUGGCCCUUGGCUCGUAUCUUUUCACGAAGGUCUUAAAUUCGUCGUACAGUAUAAUGUUUACAAUAAACUCUGUUCUCCUUGCCAUUGCUAUUAUAUAUUCCUUUCUAAAUCUCAAAUGGCGAACGUCCACUCAACAACGACAAAUUUUGGGCGUUAAUCCUUUCAUUGAUUUCUUCGAUAAAAAGCACGUAGCAGAAACAAUAAAAACGUUAAUAAGAAGAAGAAACGAUCAUGAAAGAGUUUAUCUUUGGAUUUUCCUAUUAGCAAUGGCUUUAUACACUUUUCAAAGAGACGAGAAACCUAUGAGCUAUCUUUAUACGCAACUCAAGUUUAAAUGGGGCGUCGCAGAAUUCAGUACAUUUAAAACAUUUCAAUCGGCACUCUUUGUAGUAGCAAUGCUCAUUGGUGUACCUAUAAUGAGUAAACUAUUAGGAUUAAGAGAUACUGUAAUUAUUGCAAUUGGUGCUCUAGCUCAUGCAAGUGGUAGAAUUAUUUUUGCUUUAACCACUAUACCAGAAUUAUUUUACAUUGGAGCGACUGUUGCAGCUUUGGGUCCUAGCGUUGCACCAGUUUUAAGAUCAAUGACUUCCAAACUUGUUCCUAUAGAAGAAAGAGGUAAAGUGUUUGCUAUGUUAUCUGUUUGUGACAACGCAGUGCCUCUCUUCAGUGGUAUUUUAUAUUCUCAACUUUAUAACCUAACAAUUAAUACAGCACCUAGUUCUAUAUAUUGGUUAACAUUUUCUACACAAAUUAUGGUACUUUUACUUAUCUCUGUAAUACAUUUUUCAUCUAAAAAUGAAAAUGUACAGGAAGAAAAUGACGAAGAAAACAAUAUUGAAAGUGAAUUAGAACAUGAUUAAUCUUUAAAUGGCAAUAAUAUGAAUAAAAAUAAAUGAUAAAGCAAUAACAUUCAUACAAAAUAAUAAAAAUACUAAUUUAUACAAUUAA